AUGGGUGAUUUUGGGCUUCUAAAGCCAAUAUGUCUGUUUGAACAGUUUUUCGACCACAAGCUUCGUCUAAAUGAUGCACCUUAUGAUAAAUUUGCUGACUUCACUUGCGCUACGAGUGUAAUCAGAACUGCUGUGGGCUCAGCUAUGGUUAGCGUCGGUGACACCAAAGUUAUUUGUGGUGUUAAGGUGAAAGUCCUGCCUUGUGAGCCCGAUGAAUCCAUCUCGCAUUUAAUUUGCAAUGUUGAAUAUCUAGGGCUAGCCUAUCGAGGUCAGCGCAUUAAUCAGGGUCCCUCUAAGGAGUUACAGGCUAUUUCCGUUCAAUUGGAGUGGUUGUUGUCCAACAUUGUCAUUCCUGAUGCAAGUAAGCAGCUUCAAAUUUACUCUGAAGGGGACAAAAAGAUUCCAACUGCUGUCUAUAUACUUCAUGUUGAUGUAGGAAUCUUACUUGACAAUGGAUGUCUCCUUGAUACCUGUUUAGCAUCUGCAGUUGCUGCUUUGGAAACGGCCGCUUGGCCACGUCUAAUUUCUGUUCCUUUACCUCAUGACGUAGCUAAAUCCGCCCCCACCCCUCUUAAAAUCGAGUUCGAAGAGAAAGAGCCCAGUGAAAUGAUUAAAUUAGCCAUUUCAGAAAGGCCAGUGGCGCUCUCUUUUGCAGUAGUCCCCCAAAGUCCUCCUGAAACUACCCACGUGUUAAUCUCACAACCUUCCAAAAUAGAAUUCCAGCUCUGGGAUACAGAUGCGAGUCCCUGUUACAUUGUUCUCGAUUCUCAAAAGAGAAUUGUGGAUUUUUCAAUAACCGGGGGCGCAUUUUGUUCUCCACUCUGGCAGCAUAUUAAAGUCGAUGGUGGCAAUAAUAGCAAAGAGAAUGGAAUCAUUCAACAGAUUUUUGAUCGAGCCUCAGAACAGGCGAAUGCCAUUCGACAGAAAAUAAUGAAUGCGAAUAAGGAAUUCAUGUCUGUGAAGCUUUAUUCAGUCGUUCGAGGCAAAUUAAAAUAUCCUUUUUUCUUCCCUAAGAUAGUUAGUAUAAAAGAAUACGGAGCAUUCGUGAGUCUUGAGAAUACGGACAGACAGGGCCUCCUUCAUUGUUCGGCCAUUUCCAACCAUACCGUGGAAAAUGUUUCCGAUGUCCUGGAAGUUGGCGAAACCGUAUUCGUCAAAAUAAUCAGUGAAAAGGAUGGCAAGUUGGGUCUGAGUAUGAAGGUGGUAAAUCAGACAACGGGAGAAGAUAGGGAUCCAAAUAAUCUCAUUAUCGCGCAAAUGGAGAGGAGGAAGCAAGGUCCCAUGCGUGCCCAGAGUCCGAUUCGUUUGGGAGCUGAGUUGAACACUGUGUGCAAGCAGUGUGGAGUCAAGGGCCAUUUGGCGAGCACAUGCUUCGCUCAAACUGGCAUGGAUCCAUUGGGAUUGAUUUCUUCUGGCUCUGAUGUUGAUGAGGCGGGCGGAAAGGCAGAGGGUUCAUUACCAAAGAAGGAGAAGAAAAGUAAGAAGCUCAAGAGCGAAAAGAAGAAGAAAGAGAAACAUUCAAAAUAUCAUCACCGCCAUCGUUUUUCUGAAGACAAAGAACGACAUGGUCAUGUUAGAAGUCGAAGUCCUCUAAAAGAGUCGGAAAAAGGUCGAAAAAAAUCAAAAAAUCAUCAUCAUCACACCGAAAGGGAUUUUGUCGAGUAA